CCCCGUCGCCGACAGCAAUUAGGAUGUCCCUCGCCAAUAAGCUCUCCAUCACCGACCUUAGCCUUAAGGACAAGCGCGUCCUCAUCCGUGUCGACUUCAAUGUCCCCAUGCAAGAUGGACAGAUCACUAACCCCGCCCGUAUUGUCGCAGCACUCCCAACUAUCAAGUAUGCUCUCAAUAACGGCGCAAAGGUCGUGACUCUCAUGUCGCACUUGGGCCGCCCCGACGGCAAGGUUGUCGAGAAGUACUCCCUCUCACCCGUCGCAAAGGAGCUCGAGACACAGCUGGGCAAGCCCGUCACCUUCGUCAAGGAAUCCGUCGGCCCGGAGGUCGAGGCGACCGUAAACGGCGCUGCGCCCGGAUCCGUCAUUCUACUCGAGAACUUGCGUUUCCACAUUGAGGAGGAGGGUUCUGUCAAGGACAAGGCCGGCAAUAAGACUAAGGCGGACCCCGCCAAGGUCGAAGAGUUCCGCGCCGGCCUUACCAAGCUCGGCGACGUGUACGUGAAUGACGCGUUCGGUACCGCGCACCGCGCGCACUCGUCCAUGGUCGGUGUCAAGCUUCCUCAGCGUGCUGCUGGCUUCCUCAUGAAGAAGGAGCUCGAGUACUUUGCCAAGGCUCUUGAGCACCCCGAACGUCCCUUCCUCGCGAUCCUUGGUGGCGCAAAGGUCUCCGACAAGAUUCAGCUCAUCGAAAACAUGCUUGACAAGGUCAACUCGAUCAUUAUCUGUGGUGGUAUGGCCUUCACCUUUAAGAAAGUUCUCGAGAACGUCCCCAUCGGAACCUCGCUCUUCGACGAGGCCGGCGCGCAGAAGGUCGGUGCUCUCGUCGAGAAGGCGAAGUCCCGCAACAUCAAGAUUGUCUUCCCCGUCGACUUCGUCACUGCCGAUAAGUUUGAUAAGGAUGCCAACACGGGCACUGCGACUGACGCGGAGGGUAUUCCCGAGAAUUGGAUGGGUCUCGACGCUGGCCCCAAGUCGCGCGCGCUCUUCCACGAGACUGUUCUCGAAGCGAAGACUAUUCUCUGGAACGGCCCACCGGGUGUCUUCGAGUUCCCCAAGUUCGCCGAGGGCUCUAAAGCGCUCCUUGAUGCGACUAUCGAGGCAGCCGCUAAUGGCGCGACUGUCAUCAUUGGUGGAGGCGACACUGCAACCGUUGCCGCACAGUACAAAGCUGAAGAUAAGCUCAGCCACGUGUCUACUGGAGGAGGUGCUUCACUUGAACUCCUCGAAGGAAAGACCCUUCCCGGUGUUGCUGAGCUCAGCGAGAAACAGUGACUAGAAAAAGUAAGGCUGUGACAUCCAAGAAAAGGAAAUAAUAUACUGCUGUACAAGUAUCGUCAAAGCGUUGUACCGUUAACACUCUAGAAGGAUAGAAUUGUAUUUUGACUCCAUUUAUGAAUUAGGAAAAGAUGCGUUGGACAAUCACAGCAUGUCAUAGCUAACACUGACAUCUCAUCCGAAUCGGCCGUAAGCGCAUCUCAGGCCUCAAAGCCCGCAUGCCCGGGGACGAGCAGAUAAGUGUACGCAACAUGCUCAUAGGAAGUAAUGAGACCGGUACUACUUCCCGUCAAUUUGCAGCCACAUGUUCCAACGUCGCCGUUCUUCGUCGCCGCCUUCGAACACCCAGUUCACUUGCCGGAUCUCACGAAACCCUUCCUCAGCUUUGGGUGCUUUAUAGCUCGCGCGGAAGCUCGUGAACGCGCUGUACGGCAGCAUCUCGCGUUUUGGGGCUUUGGAGGCGUCGUCGUCUGGGAGGUUGAACGCGCGGUAGAGGUUGUUGUGCCACGCGAGCUCGAGGGUGCCGUUGAAUAAGAAGCAUCGUAUUGGCACACCUAGCCUCUUCGCUAAAUCAGCAUAAUGCUUCCUCGUUGCCGCGUCCCUGUUUGUGUUGUCUACUACGCAGCUUUUCCCCUUCUUUAUGGCCUCUUCUACGGCCUUGACGCAUUUCUCGCGCGUGCGCAGAUUGUCCUGGUUUACGUGGACGUAGCCUGCGGUAGAGAAGUGUGCGCGGAAGAACGACGUCUUGCCCAGUGCGGGGAAGCCAACAAAAAGUACGACCUCAGGACUUGUAUCCGGCGAAGAAAGGAUAGGUGUUGAAGUGGGCGUGACAUGCGGUAGAUCUGUUGGCAGUAAGGACGGGUGAAAGCCUUUGAGUGUGUACUGUACUGGUUUAAGCUUCAGGAAGUACUCCUCUGGUGUAGAAAACGGGACACCAAUAUUUUGUGCCCACUUUCUAUCCGUGCCCGCGAAGUCGCCCGCGCGGCCUGCCGCGUCUCCGACAAAGAAUGACGCUGACUUGU